AUGGCUGAAAAUGUCCCAAUUCUAGAAGGAUUUUUAUGUCCAGUAUGUAUGACAGAUUUUAAAAAACCAUGUCAAUUAACAAAACAUUUUGAAGAAGAUCACAAUGAUGAUCCGGAAAUAUUAAAAUCGCUCAAAGAUCUUUUUGGAAAAGCCAAGAAGAAAAUUCUUAAACAAGAUGAAAUACCCAACACUUUUUCUCAAAAUCUCCCAAUUCGAGAAAAACAGCAGAGUCCUGAGAUUAAUUGGGGUCCACAAGAUAUUGGAGCUACUAAAUCUUACACAGUUUACUUUCGGGAUAUUAGGAAUGCCAAACUAGAAAGAUACUCUACGGAAACAAACAAACUACUUAUAAGAUUAGACAAAUUGUUGUUAAAUUUGCCGUCAGAUCCAGUUGACCGAAAAGCUCAUGAACGGAAUAUUGUACAUUGGAUUGACGACAAGGACGUUAAAUUAUGUCCAAACUGUGCACGUAGUUUUCAUUUAGCUAGACGAAAACAUCACUGCCGUUUAUGUGGUGCUGUAAUGUGUCAUGAUUGUACUGAAUUUCUAUCUCUUAUUGAUGCUCGUAAAAUGACCAGCCCAAUAUCAGUAGAUGAUUCAGCAGUGUCUCCAACUUCAUCAGAGUCUCCAUUGGCUGACAGAAUAAUCCGAGCUGGAAUAGGACUUUCAAAACUAGCACGUUCUCCAUCAAGUGGAAGUCUCAAUAGUGUUUUAUCACUGGUUAAUGAUCGAGCAGGUGGUGAACAGUAUUUUCGAUUAUGUUUCCACUGUAAAAAUCUUUUAGAUGCUCGUGAAAAGUUGAAAAUAAGACACCUUAGCAAACCAAUUAUUUCAAAAUUCUAUGAAACGAUGAGAACUUAUAUGGAAGAAGCGAUGCGCUUUAUGACAAUGUACAACAAAAUGUGGGAAUCACUGUCCAAAGGAGAAAUGACGUAUGAUUUACGCGAUGCACAAAUAUUGAGGAUUAAAAUUGCUAAAGUUGGAGAAAAUGUUGAUAAUAUAAGUAAAAAAAUUCUUGCCAUCGGGACGGCAGAUAUUGACAAUCCUCCUCAAGGUCAAGCUCUGAAACUUCAUCAGAUGAUUCGUGCCUCAGCUAUGAUAUUUCUUAAGGAACAAUUAUUGACUAUUCCUUCGCUUCCGUCAGAAGAAGAGUACCUUGCUUUGCAGGAAAGCCGUCGGCAAAAAAUAGAAGAAAGGAUUGCUUAUGAACGGCAAUUAGAAAUUGAGGAAACUCUUAAAGAAAGACGCAGAGAUUAUAAACUGGAUCAUAAAAACUCACAAAAUAUUACACCAGUUAAAAAUAAUGAGGCUUUGAUGGAGACAUCCCAAGGCUGGACACCCUCUGGAGCUGUAGCUAUACUUCCUUCGGCCUCGAUUGACCCAAUUAUCGAACAAAUGAGUAACUUACGAUCGUAUAUAAAACAAGCUAAAGCAGAAUGUAAAUUUGAUGAAGUAGCUACGUUAGAAAGUAAUUUACGUGAACUUCAAAGCGCUUAUUUUGCUAUGAAACAAAGCAAUGAUGGCUAA